CAAUCAAUGCCCUCCCUACACCAACACAGGUGACGUAGGCGGACACAUGAUCUACCAGGUGUUACGCUUCCCAUUCGUAACACUUUUAAACCCUCACCACGGCGCUCUGCCACAAACAGAACCAAUGCUGGAGUUCAAAAUGAAGGACGUGGUGGUGUUAUUCUGUUUUGUUUUUCUUGUUGUGGAAAUCUCAGCGCUACCGACAAAUUUACCAACAAACCAAGGUAAACCAAUUUGAAGUUGUUUUAGUUUUACACCUAACACUACUGAUUAUCAACAUACUGAAGUGGAUUCAAGCUUCCGUAGUUUGUAUCUAAACUACUUGAAAAAGAUAAACACAUUCAUGUUUUCGAGCGAAAGCACUUUCUUUGGAGUACAGCAUACCUACAGCUACGAACUAAGGCGUCACUGGACGUGCUUUCGUUCGAAACGUAGCAAUUUUUCUCAGGUAGUUCAGACACCAACCAGUCUGUCAAACAAGAGAGCACACGAUUUUUUUUUCUGUGUUGGUAGAGAGCACACAUUUGAUGCUAUAAUACAUAUUUAAAUAUACUACAUUAAAGUCAAAAUUUAUAUAUUCUUAGUAGCAAAAGCUUGAUUGUACUGUGAAAAACGCGACGUUUCUGGACGCAUUAGUCGAAAAUUCAUGACGAGUGAUUUUGCGCACUGCGACUAAUUGUUGAUAGUUUGCAUUAUUAAAACUCUCAAAUAUCCUGAAAGCGAAUAUCCGGAUCAAAACUUGGCUUCCUGUAUAAGUUCAAGGCCAAUACACUGAAUUUACCGACCCGAAAAUUUUUUUUCAAUUUAGACAAAUUAUUAUUCGAAAUUUUUGGCGUUUUAGUUUUUGCUCUUUGCCCAAAAUUUCCGCCGACGAAAAGCUUUCAACAAUAUUGAAACAGCGGUGUAUCGCUUUAAUAGGCGCUUUUGUUUAGUGUGAUAUUUCCAUUAAAUAGCGCUUCACUGUUUAUUUUCUCAGCUGUAAACUAUUUGCGCAAAUUCUUGAUCGCACGCAAAAGAAUUUUCCAGCAAUUCGUUUAUAUCGCGUCGCUGCGUGCAAAACGCUGAUAUAAAAGUGUUAGCUAUAUACAGAGAAUAUAAAUAACUGACAAACUACUGAUUUCCUAUAGAAUUUUUGAACAGUUAUUGCUUGAAGGAUGUGCCUUAAUUGAAACUGAAGAUUUAAGUAAACACAAUAUACCUUUGAUGCAAACACACUCGGUGUUAUUUCACAUGCAGUUCUCAACACUCACAAAGCCAGCAAUAUAUCAUGUUCUAUGAUUGGCCAUCUGAAAAAAAAAAUUGAUUAAUUUUAAUGAUAGUUCGAUCAGUUCUAAACUGUUCUCCUUAAUUUGGACAUUUCGCUCAACACACUUUCACGAACGAGGAGUUUCAGUUGUUGCACUUGGGAGGUAAAUUUUUUGCCUGAAAUUUCCAUCGACAAAAAGCUUUCAACAAUAUUGAAACAGCGGCCAGUCGCUUUAGUAACGCCCAUCCCUUACUGGACAGGAGACCAGAGUAUACCCAGGGAAUAAUUUCGCCUCCUCACAUAAAAUUGUAAUCAGACAACUGCAUAUUGAGGGUCUCCCAGAGCAUAGAAUAAAGAUCCAUAUAGAAGCCACUUACGUCGGAAGCUUUGAAGUUUCUGUCCUCGCGCAUGUCGCAUUAGUCAUUACGCAUGUUGGCCGCCAUUUUCCUAGCCAGUCAAUGGCAUUUUCUGGCCAAACACGCUGUACUGGCUGGCUGCUCCGUCUUCUGGCCAGUAAACCGGAUCAAAACUUGGCUUCCUGUAUAAGUUCAAGGCCAAUACACUGAAUUUACCGACCCGAAAAUUUUUUUUCAAUUUAGACAAAUUAUUAUUCAAAAUUUUUGGCGUUUUAGUUUUUGCUCUUUGCCCAAAAUUUCCGCCGACGAAAAGCUUUCAACAAUAUUGAAACAGCGGUGUAUCGCUUUAAUAGGCGCUUUUGUUUAGUGUGAUAUUUCCAUUAAAUAGCGCUUCACUGUUUAUUUUCUCAGCUGUAAACUAUUUGCGCAAAUUCUUGAUCGCACGCAAAAGAAUUUUCCAGCAAUUCGUUUAUAUCGCGUCGCUGCGUGCAAAACGCUGAUAUAAAAGUGUUAGCUAUAUACAGAGAAUAUAAAUAACUGACAAACUACUGAUUUCCUAUAGAAUUUUUGAACAGUUAUUGCUUGAAGGAUGUGCCUUAAUUGAAACUGAAGAUUUAAGUAAACACAAUAUACCUUUGAUGCAAACACACUCGGUGUUAUUUCACAUGCAGUUCUCAACACUCACAAAGCCAGCAAUAUAUCAUGUUCUAUGAUUGGCCAUCUGAAAAAAAAAAUUGAUUAAUUUUAAUGAUAGUUCGAUCAGUUCUAAACUGUUCUCCUUAAUUUGGACAUUUCGCUCAACACACUUUCACGAACGAGGAGUUUCAGUUGUUGCACUUGGGAGGUAAAUUUUUUGCCUGAAAUUUCCAUCGACAAAAAGCUUUCAACAAUAUUGAAACAGCGGCCAGUCGCUUUAGUAACGCCCAUCCCUUACUGGACAGGAGACCAGAGUAUACCCAGGGAAUAAUUUCGCCUCCUCACAUAAAAUUGUAAUCAGACAACUGCAUAUUGAGGGUCUCCCAGAGCAUAGAAUAAAGAUCCAUAUAGAAGCCACUUACGUCGGAAGCUUUGAAGUUUCUGUCCUCGCGCAUGUCGCAUUAGUCAUUACGCAUGUUGGCCGCCAUUUUCCUAGCCAGUCAAUGGCAUUUUCUGGCCAAACACGCUGUACUGGCUGGCUGCUCCGUCUUCUGGCCAGUAAACUGCAUAUUUUUGCAUAAAAAAAACGAGGACACGUUGCACCGCUGAGCUAGCGGCCCUUCUGUUACUGAUCUUUAUUCUGUGUCCCAGAGGUUUUUAGGGAACAAUGCGGAUUUUGCAAUGGGAACACGGGAACAAAACCAAAAAAAAUAAGGAACAAGGGAUCGACAUGUAGCAUUUGUGAUGUUACUCUGAGUGUGCAUCCACACCGGGCAAGCUGAAAAGUUUGCCUGACCACGAUGCGAAUCGAACCCAAGACCUUUGGGAUACUAGUCCAAUGCUCUUUGGGAUACUAGUCAAUGCUGGUGGAUUCGAUUCCCACCGUGGUCAGACAAACUUUUCAGCUUGCCCGGUGUGGAUGCACACUCAGAGUAACACCACAAACAUCAUCUUCACCUGAGUACAUAACACCAACACACAUAAAAGAGUAUCAUAUCUUAGAAUACAUUAGGGCCAUUUAUACCGAACAAAAUAAGACGCGACUUACAUAAGACGCGACUUAAGUAAGACGCGAGUUUGUCGUAUAAAAGGUACAAAAUUCUUACGUAAGACGCGUCUUGGAUAAGACGCGUCUUACAUAAGAACAGGUCUUUUAGCUGUUCUUAUUUAAGUCGCGUCUUAAAUAAGAAAUUUUGAACAAAAAGUCUAACUACACAUGCCAGAAACUUGAAACAACGUAAAAUUUAAUGCCUUGCAUGUUAAAACAAAAACAACCAAAACAACAUUAUAGCUACAGCAAAUAAAUAAGACCAAAGCCGUAGAGACUACCAUUUAUGCGAUAACUCCACUUAUUUAAGUCGCGUCUUAUGUAAGUCGCGACUUAUUUUGUCACGUAUAAAUGGCCCUAUUGACUCGAACCGACAGUGACAUCCCAAAGGUCGCGGGUACGUUCGAUUCCCACCGUGGUCAGGCAAACUUUUCAGAUUGCCCGGUGUGGAAUCUGUGGAUGUACACUCAGAGUAACAUCACAAACAUCAUAUUUACCUGACUACAUAUGUAAGCUGGGGGAGCAAAGGAACAUGGCGAGGGUUUGACUACCUCAGGGGCGUUCGUUGCGGGUGAUAUCCGUAAACUUGACACUUUAACGUUCACCCUAACCCUCGCAACGAACGCCCAAACCGACAUAGUGGAAUUUCUGUGGGGGAACAAGGGACGGAGGGAAACUUAUCAAGUGAUCACGGGAACAUAGACCUCCCCCCCUGGAGGACCCUCUUAGCAGGAACCGAACCAAGGUCGCAGAAUACACAUGCACUAAAAACUAUGCCACCAAAACUAACCAUUUUUUUCCAAAAAAAGUCUAUAGUUGAUAAUAUUAUAUUAUAAAAUCAAAUCGACUAGAUUUUUGCAUCUAUGAUUUGUACGUGGUUAUCCUAGUCAGUCCAUGGUCACUAAUAUCUAAAUCAUCUAUCUUAGUGUCAAGCAUCCAGGAACUGUUUGUCAAUGCUACGAAUGACGCAAUCAAAAGGGGAAUCAUCACACUCACAGUUGGUAAGUUACGAGAAACAAGAUAGUACUUUGACCCAGUAUUACUCGCGAUGUUAAUUUGCUUUUGAAAUAUGACUUGGAAUGUUUGUUUGUAAGUUCGGAAUGUUCGCUGUAAAGUUCCGAAGUAUAAGUAGUAAUUGGCUAGUUAGAUAAGCAAGCCAAUCAAAUUGCUUACUAUCGAAUCAUCGUAAAUCAUCGGAAUCACUAAAGUACACCUAACCUCGAUUCUUUUUAUCAUCUCAUUCCUAAGAAUCUUUGAUAUGAUAUUGUAACUUAAUUUUCGUUUGCACACUUUGUCUCUGAGUUAUUUCCGUUUUAUUGAUAUGCAAAUGUCCGUAAUUUACGUCACAUAUGAAUAAUGACUGAUCAGAUAAUGUAAGGUACAGUUAAAUAUCAUGAAAUAAAAAGGCUAAAUGGUGUUUUACAUAGGUAUAUGUAAUCCUCUCACAACUCCAAACUUCAUUUUAAUGAAUUAAAUUCGAUUGUGAAAACGAUAUACAUGCUUUUACUUUAAGUCAUUAUGCAUUUGUGACGUAAAUUCCGGAUAUUUGCAACCAAACAAUUUGAACAAACGAAAAUCUUCAAAAUAAGUUAUUAUAUCAUUUCAGAAGUUCUUAAAAAUGAGAUGAUAAAAAUAAUUGAGGUUAAGUGCACUUUAAUGAAUUCAAUUAUUCAACAUUUAUUGUUUCCUUUAGACUCGAGCAGUCAACGUUCCGACGUUAACGCGCCAACCAACUACGACUGUACAGUACGCGCUGUUCCAACGGCUGUUCGCAGAAGACUACGCCUGAGCACAUUCUAUACACAAUACGCGCACGCGUACGGGAUACCUGUGGUCAGUUCGAGCCGCGUCAAGAGAGGGGCCUUGGAACGAGCAUGUUACGUCAUGAGGUUCCUAUUUGCCGACCGGAAAGAUGUACGAGAUUGGUUCUACCGGAGAAACGGUCGUGCCGGGAUAAUGGCGAGAUCCGAAGGCACGACGACUAUUCCCGAACAUAGCUUCCUGCCGGCAUGGUGGAACCAACGUGCGCGGGGUCUGGGCGCUACUAUCCAAGUCCCCAUCUCAACUGGAGGGGAGGAGAACCUUUUAUGCGAAUCCGGAGACAGAUAUUACAAUGAGGAUAUCUUCCUACACGAAUUUGUCCAUGGUAUACAUAAUUUGGGAGCUACCGGUGCAAUUCCGACUUUUGAUAGACGGCUACGGGCCGCGUACAACAGCGCGCGGUCAAGAGGACUGUGGCGGAGUACCUACGCUUUGAGUACGGACAGAGAAUACCUUGCUGAAGGGACUCAAAGUUUCUUUAAUGUCAACGCGUACUCAGCAAGGCCUAAUGGAGUACACAAUAGCAUUAAUACCAGGGACAAAUUGCGCAGUUACGAUCCGACACUUUAUAACUUGGUUAAAGAAGUGUUCCCAUGUGAAAACAACUUUCUGAAGAGAUGUGACGCUAAGAAUGGUAAGUUUCGGUUGCGAAUGGUUAGCGCAUAUGCCUCUGUUACUCGGUCGCAAGUUCGCCUUGACAGUUGACACUAUCAAACGCCCCAGCGCUAAUUACAAGUGAUUUAAUGAACUAUCCAGAUAAUAACUAAACCCAUGGGCGUACCGGAAGGAAAAAAUUAGGGGGGCGGAAAGAAAAUUGCCCGACUUUUCGGGAUUCUGCCCGACUAGUACCAAAAAAAUUUUUCCGGAAAAAUAAUUUUGUAAUUUUGUUAACCAUAGUUUAGUUUACAUAACUAAAAAUAGUUUAGUUUACAUUUCUGAAAAUAAUUGAAAUUAGCAGUUAGCACACUAUGAAUAUGUGUACUGUAUUGUAUGUGUUAAAAAGAAAGAGCAAGCCAAAUUUUGUAAGUAAAUAGUGGAAAAUAGUCAUAUAUAAGGGAACUGAUUUAUGGUGAUAUUUAAUUGAACUUUGGAAACAAAGAACAGAAAACUGAUUUAAAACUACCUUUAAAAUGUGUUAUAUUUUAGGUAUAACGGCACCGUCAUUUAGAAUGGACUGCAAAAGUAAGUGGAAUAAUUCGUUACAUGAUUAUUUCCAUAUUAUAAUGUCUAUAAUUGUUUGGCCAGGAUUUUGAAAUUGAAUCUUAACACACACUGUAUUUUCUUUCUUUUCAAAGAUGGAGGAGGAACAGUAGUUACAGAUAAACCUCCCAAACCUAACACCCCACCUAUUCCCACCCCACCUAUCCCCACUCCACCUAAACCAGACACUCCACCUGUCCCAACACCACCAAAACCAGACACUCCACCAGUCCCUACUCCACCAAAACCAGAUACUCCCCCUGUCCCAACACCAUCAAAACCAGACACUCCUCCUGUCCCAACACCACCAAAACCAGAUACUCCACCAGUCCCUACUCCACCAAAACCAGACACUCCCCCUGUCCCAACACCGCCAAAACCAGACACUCCUCCUGUCCCAACACCACCAAAACCAGAUACUCCACCGGUCCCUACUCCACCCAAACCAGACACUCCCCCUGUCCCUACUCCUCCAAAACCAGACACUCCCCCUGUUCCUACUCCACCAAAACCAGAUACUCCACCGGUCCCUACUCCACCCAAACCAGACACUCCCCCUGUCCCUACUCCUCCAAAACCAGACACUCCCCCUGUUCCUACUCCUCCAAAACCAGACACUCCCCCUGUUCCCACUCCACCAAAACCAGACACUCCCCCUGUCCCCACGCCACCAAAACCAGACACACCUCCAGUGCCUACCCCUCCAGUGCCUACCCCUCCAGUGCCUACCCCUCCUCGUCCUACUACGAAGAAAACCCUACCGCCAAGUAAGUAAGGUUUCUACUUGAGUGUCCAGAUUUUAAAAUUUCCGUUUAACUAAUUGUAAGAUAAAAAUUGAUAUGGAAUUUAUAUUCUUUUUCUUUUUCUUGAAACUUUGUUUCUUUUCGCCCAAAUGUCAGCAUAAAUAUGACCGACAUCACAAUCGUUUAGGUCAACAGGACUGUAUUGUAAUACAGCUUAGUACAAAUACAAUUAAACACGAUAUUUUUCACUUUCAGAUUGUUACGACCGGAACAGUAACUGCGCUUAUUGGGCCAGAAUUGGAGAGUGCAGACGUAAUCCUAAUUAUAUGCGCCCGAACUGCUGCAGAUCAUGUAAAUCUCCCGGACCCAGACCGACCCGACCUAAACCUACUUGCAGGGAUUACAACAAUUAUUGUGGGUACUGGGCAAGAAUUGGAAACUGUCGAUAUAGCUACUAUAACUAUUCUAGGUACAAUUACAUGGCCAGGUACUGUCGUAGGAGUUGCGGUUUCUGCCGCUAAUGAUCUCGGUACAUUAUGGAAGGUAUAUUAAGAUAUACUAAAGUAUUAUAAGGUAUAAUUUGGUAUAGGAAACUUUUCCUAAAGGUUAGAUUUAAGCACAUAAUUUUUGGUUGGUAAAUACAAGUAGAAUACGAAAAAUGUGAUGUGGUGUUUUUAUUGUAUAUUAUAUUAAAACAUUUUAUUCCUACA